CCUUCACAAAUGAUCGACCGCAGCACAGAUUUCAGAAAAUUUACAGCAACACAGAUCCCUAAUUAGAGCGCGACAUUUAUGCGAGGGCCAUGAGCCGAGAGGAGGAGCUGCAAUAUCAGACACCGCCCACAUGCGAUCUGCUCGGCCUUCUGCUGAAGAACAGACGUCCCACUGGUGCCGUCAACGAGGUUUGGCCCAACCUCUACAUCGGAGACGCGGUGAUAGCUCGAGAAAAAAGCCUGUUAGUGCGCAUGGGAAUAACGCACGUGGUGAACGGUGCAGACGGCCCGCAGCACGUCGACACCGGGCCACUUUUCUACACAGACACUGGUGUACUCUAUCAUGGGGUAAAAGCAGCAGACUGUAAAGACUUUGACUUGAGUCCAUUCUUCAUGGAGACAGCUGAGUUCAUUCACAACGCUCUGACACAGAAAGGUAAGGUGCUGGUCCACUGUGCACGGGGAACCAGUCGCUCGGCUGCACUCGUGCUGGCCUUCCUCAUGAUCAAAGAAAGACUCACCCUGGUGGAGGCGGUCGAGGCUGUUUGCAGGCACAGGAACAUUCUGCCAAACGUUGGAUUUCUCAACCAGCUCUCUCAGCUGGACUCAUCUUUGGCCCUGCGGAGGAGGACAAGAAAACAUCAAGGAGCAGAGAGAGAGACAGAGGAGGGAGAUGUUAAAACCCUUACCUGAGGAUUUGAACCGUAUACUGCUGGGUAUUUGAGCUUAGGGGGCAUUUUGCUCGCCUUCUAUGAUGUGAGAGUAACUUAUUUAUUAUCCAUCACGACAAGCAUCAAGUUUGCAUUCAUUCGUGUCCGACUGUUUUCACCUGCAUUUGUUUGUUGAUUUGUUUGUUCCU